UGGCAAAGCUUUGAACAUUCAUCCCUUCUCAUUCACCACUUGCGGCUGCGCUCUCUUGUAUAUGUACUUUGCCUGCGAGAGGAAAAGUUCUGAGCUUUUUCGCAGUCUCUCACUCAACUCACACAUCGUCCUCAUGGGUAUCGAAGAAAUCGAGGGAAGCAUUCCAUCUUCUUCCUCUUCGGUUCAUCGGUGGAAGCACGACGUGUUCGUGAGCUUCGGAGGCGAGGACAUAAGGAAGACCUUCGCGGCCCACCUCUUCCGUGCGCUUAAGCAGGCGGGGAUCAACUACUUCAAGGACAAUGACAAGGUGGGGACCGGGAAUUCCAUCGAGUCCAAGCUGCUUGACGCCAUCCGCAAUUCUAGAGUUUCUCUCGUCGUGUUCACCACCAACUACGCGGACUCGAGAUGGUGCUUGAACGAGCUGGUGGAGAUUCUGGAGUGUCGCAGGAGGUUCGGACAGGUGGUUCUGCCCAUUUUCUACGAUGUUGAGCCAAGGGACGUUCGGAAACAGAGGGGGCGAUUCGGGGAUGGUUUCGGAAAGUGUUUGGCCAGCCAUACUGACGAUUUGCUGGGGAAGAAGUGGAAGGAAUCGCUUAAUGAAGCUGGGAACAUAUCGGGAUUGCAUUUGAAUAAUGACGCUAAUGGGGAUCAAUCGGUCUUCAUUGAGCAAAUUCUCGAACAUCUCUUGGAGACUAUUCCCAGAACAAGCUCACCCUAUGCUAUCGGAAUAGAUUCCUUUGUAGACGAUGUGAUAUCGUUGCUGAAAAUUGGGCCAGAGGAUGAUGUCCGUGUUGUUGGAAUAUGAGGAACAAAAGGAAUUGGUAAGACAACCGUGG